AAACCACCCACAUCCCCACUCCCAAAAUGCCUCCAGUCCUACUCCAGGCACUGCUAAUCUUGGUGUACUCAUGGGGUCUCGCUACCUCUUUCACCGUGAUCAUGUCGGAUUCUGGCGUCCCAUCGGCCCUAAUUGACGGCCCCCAAGCAGGGUUUUCCAUGAACAACAACGGGGCUCGAACUGAUGCUCGAGAGCAGGAGGCCGUCUACGAUAUAAUGCGAGCGACAGGAAACGAUUGGGCCACCGACAUCCCCGACGUCUGCCGUGAUCGGUGGCACGGCAUCGAGUGCAUGCCCGACAAGGACAAUGUUUAUCACGUUGUUUCCUUGUCCUUCGGUGCGUUGUCGGAUGACACGGCGUUCCCCACCUGCGAGCCGGCCCGUUCUUACAUUUCGCAGUCAGUUACCAAGCUUCCACAUAUCAAGACGUUGUUCUUUUAUCGUUGCUUCGACAGCAAUCCUCAGCCGAUUCCAGCGUUUCUGGGGCAGUUGGGUCCAACGCUACAGACAUUGGUGCUAAGGGAAAAUGGGCAUUUGGGUCCAAUUCCUAAUGAGUUGGGCAACCUAACCCGUUUAAGAGUUCUUGAUCUUCACAAAAACAAUCUCAACGGUUCAAUUCCGGUUUCAUUGGGCCAGAUUACUGGUCUGAAGUCAUUGGAUUUGAGCUGGAAUAGAUUGACUGGUUCAAUACCCAAUUUCAGCUUCCCUGAGUUGAAUAUUUUAGACCUGAGCCAAAAUCUAUUAGCUGGUCCAAUCCCACCUAGCAUCGGAACCAGUCGGUCCCUAGUUAAAAUCGAUUUCAGUCGAAACCGACUCACCGGUCCAAUACCCGAGUCAGUCACUGGUCUAACCGACUUAAUUCUCAUGGAUUUGAGCUACAACCGCCUCACCGGUCCGCUCCCAAGAACACUUGGAAGCUUGAGAUCUCUCCAAGCCUUGAUUUUAAGAGGAAACCAGAUGGGAUCCACAACAACCCUUCCUUUUGAUCUUUUUGAUGGAAUGAAGGAUUUAAUGAUCCUUAUUUUAUCAAACAUGAAUUUGCAUGGAUUAGUACCAGAGUCAAUUGGUCGGUUACCAAAUCUUCGGGUGGCUUAUCUUGAUGGAAACCGGUUGAAUGGCUCCAUCCCGACCAACUUCAGGGAAUUAAAGCAUGUGAGCGAACUAAGGCUAAAUGAUAACCACUUGACAGGACCGGUUCCCUUCGGAAGAGAAAUGGUAUGGAGGAUGAGAAGAAAGCUAAGGCUUUACAACAACUCAGGAUUAUGUUAUACUGCAAAUAGUGGGUUUGAGGAUGUGUUGCAUUCUUCGUUCGAUUCGGGUAUUGGGUUAUGCGAGACGCCGAGACCCAGUUUGUCUAGGACGGUGCAGCAUUUUUCCACCAUUAAUGGGUAAAUGUCAAGAACAGUGAACGCUGCAAGUGCUGCCGGUUCAGUCUUUCCCGCUAGGUUGUUACGGUAAACAAUUUGUUGCUUAUUUUGCUUUAAUUUGUUGUAAGGGAAGAGAGCAUAUAUAUGUGCUUAAUUGCCUGAUAUUAAGUCCCUACCAGAAAAUAAAAAGGAUAAAUAAGUCACAUUAUU